GCGGACCCAGCGGCUAGAGCGCCGCCUCCUCCCGCCCCACCAUCGAGGCGAGGCGCCGGGCCUAGAGCGGCUGGCGCGGCGCGGGGGCCGCCGGAACCAUCGAGCGCGGGGCAGAGCGCCGCCGUGUCCUCUGCGGCCGCCAUGCUGCCCGCCGCCCGCGCGCUGCCGCGCCUGCCCCGCCGCCCGCCGCCCGCCUGGCGCUGCGGGCCCGCCCGGCCGCUCGGCACGGCCCGGGAGCGGCGCUCCGAGGCGCUGGCCGGGGCGCCGCUGGACACGGCCGCCAAGGAGUACUCGCCCAAGGUGCGGCAGCUGGUGCGGGACAUCGCGGGGCUGACGCUGCUGGAGGUGGCCGACCUCAACGCGCUGCUCAAGGAGACGCUGAAGAUCCCGGACGUGGCGGUGGUGCCGGCGGCCGCCUCCCUGCAGCCCUCCCCGGCGGCUCCGCAGGAGGAGGAGGAGCUCCCGCUCAAGAAGGAGAAAACGCACUUCACCGUCCGGCUGACGGAGCUGAAACCCGCGGACAAGGUGAAGCUGAUCAAGGAGGUGAAGAACUUCGUGCCAGGAGUGAACCUGGUGCAGGCCAAGAAGCUGGUGGAGUCCCUUCCGCAGGAGAUCAAGGCGAACGCCUCCAAGGAGGAGGCAGAGAAGAUCAAAGCGGCGCUGGAGGCGGCGGGAGGGACGGUGGUUCUGGAGUAGCGGCUCCGGCGCAGCGGGAGGGACUGGUGCGACGCAGCCGUCGCCGCUGCUGCCUGCCCGGGCACCGGCCGCUGCCGAGCCGGGUCCAGACGCGUCCGAGCGCGAGACGGCCCCUCAUCUCGUGGUGGGAGCGCUCUGCGGCAGCGAUCCGGUGCAGGAAUGCUGUACGGUUUGACGGAGCUGCUGUCUAGUUCCGGCAUCACAAUGGACUCUUCAUAAAUGUCGAAAAAUACCUGUAAAAUGGUUAAAGUCUCAGAAUCAGC